AUGAAAGUUUUUCCCAGCCUCGUCAAGGAACAAACUUUCACUUUAUCCGAACUAGCAAGCGCCAUAGAGCUUGUGCGGGACCAGCGUGCCAUAAUCGAGGCGCACGCUAACCACAGUCUACCCGAAUUUACGGAUGACCUUGUGCUUGGCCACUGCCCUGCAUGCGUUUUUCGUGCACACAAGCACUCGUGCUAUGUUUGUGGUACAAUUGAUGACGAGGGUGGUGAGUCACAGAGUACCCACACAAAUGACGAGGGUGGUGAGUCACAGAGUGACACAUCGACAACUGACAGCAUUGACACUGCUCCCGCCCUCGUCGGCAACACUGUCGCUGCUCCCACCAUCAAUGCAGCACCCGUUGUCGUCAACACUGUCGCUGCUCCCACCAUCAAUGCAGCACCUGUUGUCGUCAACGCCGCUGCUGCUCCCACCAUUCGUGCAGCUGCUCCCACCCUCGUCAACACUGCUGUCCCCACUACUCAACACUCAAGCACCUCUGCAUCGGUGCGCUGGCACAAUGUGCAUGUGCAUGUCGUCGGUGUUCCAGGAGCUUGUUUUGCGCGUUACUCCUCUCUAGCUGUCGCCCAGGCUGCCUAUGGACAGGCUUUGGAUGAUGGCGCAGUCAAUCAGGUGCCGCUCUAG